AUGAAUAUGUUAAUUGAUAUUGGUUCUUGGGACCCCAUAUUUGUGUUUCAAAGCUCAUCGCGUUUGUCUGAGUGUUCCCUAAAUCUUUGGGAACAAUCCGUUGGAAAUAAAACAGAGGUUCCCAAAUGGGAAGAGUUAAACAAUUUUUUAACGGAUAGAUUUCAUGCUCUAGAAAGCGUUUCUGAUAUCAUAUCUUUGAACAAUACAUUUGCCAUUAGCUCUCAAAUGGUUUUAAACAGUGACAAUAAAACAUCAACUAAAGUUAAACAAUUUAAGGCCCAUUAUAACAAAGUAGAUUCUUUACAAUGUAAAAUAUGCAAAGAAAAUCAUAAGUUGAUCACUUGCAACAAGUUUUUAAAUAUGGACUACAAAAAUAGAGUCUCAACAUUGAAAAAGUUUAGAUUCUGUUUCAAUUACCUAACUAUUGGCCAUAUGUACGGUGAUUGUAAAAGUCCAAAUGGUUGCUCUAAAUGCAAAAGAAAGCACCAUACGUUAAUGCAUAAAGAUUUUAUAAAGAAAAGUACUCAAAAUCAAGUAAAUGAUGGGUCUCAAAUUGAUAAUCAAAGUAACAAUAAUCAAGUACAGUCUUCUAAUAUUGCCGGCCCUUCAGGGGUACGAGCACUUAUUGAUCCUUGUUCAGAUGAAAGUUUUAUUUCUGAAAAAAUCCAAAAAUUAUUGAAUUUGCCUACUAGUCCAGUUACAGCUGAAAUUACUGGUUUAGGCGGUGGUGUAAUAAGCAAAUCAUCAAAAAUGGCAUUUUUGGAAAUUGGUUCUCUUUUUGAGCAAAAUUUGUCUCUCAAUAUUAAAGCUUUGGUCGUGCCUCAGGUGACUAGUAAUGUUCCAACACACUCCUUUGUACCACUAACUGAAAAUGAUCUACCAAAUUUAACUUUUGCGGACCCAAAAUUUUAUGAAAGUGGUAAAAUUGAUUUGUUAUUAGGAGGUGAUUUAUAUCCUCUUAUACUUCGUGAGGGAGUUCAACAUGGAAUUUUUAAUUCAUUAGUAGCUCAAGAAACAAUUUUUGGAUGGAUUGUCACAGGCCCUACACCAAAUAAUGUUUCCCCACAAUUUAUAAAAAUGUCUUAUAUGACUAAAGUUUCUAUUAAUGACCAAUUGACAAAGUUUUGGGAAUUAGAGGAAGUUUCUCGAAGAAAAAUUUUAUCAGAAGAAGAUAAAAAGUGCGAAGAGAUUUAUUGUUCCACUACAACAAGAAACUCGGAAGGAAGAUAUGUUGUAACUCUGCCCUUUAAAAACAAUUUUCCAGUGCUAGGUCCAAAUAGACAUAUAGCGGUUAGUCAGUUCCUUAGAAAUGAAAAAUCAUUAUUACGUAAACCUGAAUUUAAGGCUCAAUAUGAUGAGGUCCUCAAAGAAUAUAUAACUUUAGAACAUAUGGAAAAGAUAGAAGAAUCCGAAAGUAGUCCAAGUUAUUAUUUACCUCACCAUGGUGUAUUUAAGCCGGAAAGUACUACUACAAAGAUGAGGAUUGUUUUUAACGCAUCGAGUGUGUCAUCUAAUGGUAAAAGUCUCAACGACAUGUUGUAUGUAGGCCCUAUACUACAAGCAGAUUUAGUGGUCCUGAUUUUAAAAUGGCGAUUCUUUCAGUUUGUCUUUAACGCGGAUAUUUCAAAAAUGUAUCGUCAAAUUUUGCUAAAGAAGGAGCAUAGACAGUUUCAAAAGAUAGUUUUUCGUAGUUCUGGUGAAAAUGAAAUCGAAGAUUUUCAAUUAAAUACUAUAACUUUUGGCGUUAAUUGUGCCCCUUUUUUGGCCCUUAGGACGCUACUAAAGUUAGCUGAUGAUGAAGAAAGAUGUUUUCCACUUGGUUCUAGAAUACUUCGUGAGUGUAUGUAUGUUGAUGAUGCUCUUGUAGGAGCACAUUCUAUUCCUGAUGCUUUGGAGGCACGAAACCAAUUAAUUGGUAUAUUAGACACAGCUGGGUUUGAGUUAAGGAAAUGGGCCUCAAACUCUAAACAAAUUUUAAAAAAUUUGCCCCAAGAGCAUCUUCUUAACUCUUCUUUUUUGUCGCUCGAUGAUAAGAGCAAUGCUAAAACUCUUGGUGUCCGUUGGAAUGCGGCGGAAGACUAUUUUUACUUUACAACUGAGAAGAUUAAGUUCAAAACAGCUUAUACAAAGAGGGAAGUACUCUCAAUUAUAGCAAGGCUAUUUGAUCCAGCAGGUUGGUUGGCCCCAGUGAUUAUAACAGCAAAGAUUUUGAUGCAGCAAAUGUGGCUCGACAAAAUAGACUGGGACGAACAUAUAAAACCUGUGGCUCUACAAAAAUGGAAGACAUUCAUUUCUAAUUAUAAUGAGAUUAAUACAAUUAAACUAGAUCGUUGGGUUCAAUAUAUGCCUAGCUCUUAUAUUGAAUUUCAUGGCUUUUGUGACUCUUCUGAGUUAGCUUACGCAGCUACACUAUAUAUACGUAUUGUGAAUGGUGAUAAAGUUUACGUAAAUCUUCUUAUUGGCAAAACAAAAGUGGCUCCAGUCAAAAGGCCAUCUUUGCCACGUUUAGAGUUAUGUGGCGCAGUACUUUUAGCAAAGUUAGUAGACCGUGUUAUCCCUAAUUUCAACCUCAAUACAUAUACUUUAUAUUUGUGGUCCGAUUCUACAAUAGUUUUAGCAUGGUUACGAAAACCACCGUGCAAUUGGAAAACAUUCGUCGCAAAUAGAGUAGCCACAAUAUUAGAAAAAGUUGGAAAUAAAAGUUGGUUCCAUGUAGCAUCAAAUGAUAAUCCUGCCGAUAUAGCAACCCGGGGGCUGAUACCUUCGGAAUUAAGAGAGAACACACUCUGGUGGAAUGGCCCAAAGUGGCUAAGAUUAGAUAAAUCUUGUUGGCCCACAAGUUUACUAGAAUAUGAGACUUCGGAAGAGUCCAAAAGGGUUCAAGUCAAUAUUGCUAGAUCGUCAGAAAAAGAAGAUAUUCUUGAUCGUUUCUCCAGCUUGUCUAAAGCCUACCACGUUAUCGCUUACAUAUUCAGGUUUUUCAAUUUGACAAAUAAAAGCAGGCGUAAAACUUUCAACUACGAUACUGUAAAAGUUUCGGCAAAAGAACUACUUUUUGUACGAAAUCGAAUAUUUUCCGUAUCUCAACAAUUACACUUUUCUGAAGAGUUCAAUAGUUUGCUCACGAAGAAACAGAUUAGUCCCCAUAGCACGUUAUUAACCCUUACGCCUUUUCUAGAUAAAAACAAUAUUAUACGUGCUAAUGGUCGUCUUGGUUCCACAACUUGUCUGUCCUAUAACGAGCGACACCCUAUUAUUCUAGCUUAUGGAAGUAGGUUAGCUCGCCUUUAUGUGGAAUUUGUGCACAAAUUAGUUUUUCAUGGAGGCCCUCGACUUGUUUUAAACGUUAUCCGCCAAGAAUGUUGGAUAAUUAAGGUGAAAAAUCUGAUCAAAACCGUAUCUUAUAAUUGUAAAGAUAAAGACAGGAAAAAACUCCAAACGCAAAUUAUGGCAGCCUUGCCCGUAGAAAGAACCACUCUAAGUCGCCCUUUUACUAACACAGGCGUUGAUUUUGGUGGCCCUUUUGAGAUUAAAAGUUUCACUGGUCGAUAUUGUCGUAUCACUAAAGGUUACGUGUGCCUCUUUGUUUGUUUUUCCACCAAGGCCAUACACCUUGAAGCAGUUAGCGAUUUGUCCACUCAGGCGUUUCUGGCAGCUUUGGCUCGGUUUAUAGCACGUCGUGGUUGCCCUAAGUGUAUUUUUUCGGAUAAUGGUAGAAAUUUUGUUGGCGCAGCGCGCGAACUUGGCUUAAACUUCGCAAAACACGUAAAAGAGCUACGUGAUUCUGCUGUCGAAAAAUAUGGCCAUCAACACCUAGAAUGGAAUUUCAUCCCUGCAGCCGCUCCUCAUAUGGGCGGAUUGUGGGAGGCAGGUGUAAAGAGCCUUAAAUUACAUUUUAAGAAAACUGCUGGUCAGCUUAAAUAUACUUUUGAGGAGUUUUCUACCCUUUUGGCACAGAUAGAAGCGUGUCUCAACUCCCAUCCUUUAGCCCCAAUUUCAGAUAGUGUUGAAGAUUUGUCUGCCCUUACUCCAGGACAUUUUUUAAUAGGUACUGCUCUUCUCACCCCAGCAGAACCCGAAGAAGUAUCCUCGCCGCUCAGUAUUGUUAAUAGAUGGCGAAAAAUUAAAGCUUUACAACAAGAAUUUUGCCACCGUUGGAAGCAAGAAUACUUAAAAGAGUUACAUAAGCGCAACAAGUGGAAAUUCUCUCAAAUUGAUCUGAAAGAGAAUGAUCUUGUUGCUCUUAAAAGCGAACCAACCUGUCCAACUGAAUGGCGUUUAGGUCGAAUCGUUAAGAUUUAUCCUGGCCCUGAUGGGAAAGUUAGGGUUGUCGACUUAAAAACUCAAAAUGGUAUCAUAAAGAGGCCCAUUCACAAAUUAGUUCUUCUACCAAAUUGA